ACUGUCCAAGUUAGCAACCAGGAGAAGUUCCUCAUCCUCUACGAGGUGGACGUGGAAACGGAGUUCCUAAAGGCGUCGGACGCUGCGUGCGAUGUAGCAUGUCUCAUGUAUGACACAAACAACCCCCACUCCUUCGACUACUGUGCCAGUAUAUACAAACAACACUACAUGGACAGCAGUAUUCCCUGUAUGGUGGUGGCCUCCAAGGCAGACCUCCCCGAGGUGAGACAGCUCCACGGGAUGACCCCAGCAGAGUUCUGCUACAAACACCGGCUGCCUCCGCCACUCCCAUUUUCCGGCCUGUCCCUGGACUCCACCAGCAAGAACAUCUACACCAAGCUGGCCUGGGCCGCCAUGUUCCCACACCUGAACGACUCCAACAUGAGCAACACCUUCCGGCUGAAAGUGACUCUAGGAGCAGCAGUAGUCACAGUCCUAGGCUUCGCCAUCUACAGAGCUUUCGCCCGACAGAAAUAACUGGGUUCCUGACUGGAACCCCAGCCCCCCUCUUUUUCCCUCAACCCCAAUCUCCAGACCAGUCUUCAAAAACCAACACUCCAGACCAACUGUCUAGACAAACUAGCCAUCAAGACAAACUAGCCAUCUAGACCUGACAGACAAAACUCAUCCAUUUUUCUUCAUCGUUAUUCAUACACCAACCUCCCCCGUCCCUCUCCUCAUCUUUAUUCUGCUAUUCCCGGCUACUCCAGAUAGUCAGGUCUUCUUCACUGACUAGUUAUAUUAGUCAAAAUAGAGGCUUGUGACCAUUUCUUUCACCCUCUUUUGACCUCCUACCUUUCUUGUUCUGCCUUAUGGUGUCAAAUUCCAGGCUAAGGAGGUACCCUCCCUGUGCUCAAUGCAAUGAUUCCCCCAAGAGCUGCUACAAAUAUAUGCGUGCUUUAUCAAAUGAGAAUAUGCAAAUACAAGGAAGGUACAACA